AUGCAGUCCGUUGUAGCUCAUAUUCAAGAGAAUGAUGUCGUAAACCCAACCCUUAUCCUUCUAGAGGAAAGGAACCGUCAAAAGAACAUUAAUCCCAAUGCGAGAUGGUAUGUAUGCUCUGAUAUUUACCUCUAUAUUUCCCGAAACCUUUUGACCAAUUGCUCCCGAGAGGUGAGCACGACGAAAAUGUGUCCUUUUACACAAUGGCCACGAGGAUCUGUUGAUGAAUUUGUCACACAUAAUGGUGUCAUUCAACCUUAGUCAACGAUCAAAACUGUACCUUUUCUUUUUCGUGUUAACACAGUUGACGUCGGAUGAUCAUAGUAGGGAGCUUAAGCAACCAUGACAACGACGCCGACGCGAAAGUUUAUUUGUGUGUUCGUGAGUGUGUAAUUUAUGAGCUUUUAUUAUUUGUUUUCCCACCUAAAUAGUGAAUACAAAACAAAAACAAGUCAAAAAGUUAACAAAUUACUCAAAAACAGUACAAAACACAAAGUAUCCAAACAAAUUUUGAUGUACGCUAUUUAGAUAACAACCACAAAAAAAAUACAAAUUAACAUAGAAAACAUUCACAAUGCCAUCAAAAAGAGAAAAGGAAAAAAAUACAAUGGUCGAGACAUUAGUGUUACAUGCAAACUAUCAUUAAUUAUAAACUUAUGUAAAGUGAAACUCAUAUGCGGGACACCCCUUCUACGAGCUUACAAAUGGCAAAAAUUUCUUCCAUUUCUUAAAAUGUGUGCUAACGCGAAAGUUAAUAACAAGCAAAACGACACUCUGCGCAUGCGUCACACUUCUUGGUACAUUGCUUUGAAGUCCACUGCAGGACUGCGACGUGAGAUUUCCUAAUGCGACUUGAUUUAUCCAGGACGUGAAUCCACGACGAUGAAUUUUCCAGGGUGCGCACCGUCUUGAAAAGUCCUUUAAUUUUAGGGGAAGGCCUUAAAAAGUCCUUGAAUUCCAUUUUUCCUUGAAAAGUCCUUAAAUUUCUGUGCAAGUCCUUGAAAGGUCCUUGAAUUUUCUUCAACUUUGAAUGUAGUGGCCUGAAAAGAAUUUUUUGAUGCUUUUUGUUUGUGUGUAAGACAGAAUAUUAAUCAUAGCUCAGAGAAUUUAAACUUUAUGCAAUAAUUAACUAUAAGUUAAAGGCAAGUGAACUGAAAAAUGUAGAGAAGUUGGUGAAGCCAACCGUUUAUGCCUUAGUCUUAUUAGAAUAGACUGGGAAUGUGCAUUUUUAUACAAUCUGUGAAAUUAAAUUCCUAGCAGGUGGUCCUUGAAAAUCUAAUUUGGUUCUUGAAAAGUCCUUGAAAUGUCCUUAAAAAAUGGUUUAAUUUUUUUGUAUGAACCCUGUUUUCCUUUCUCUUUUUAUUAACUCGGAUAUGGUCCAGCCCAAGCACUCAACUCCCUGAAAAUUCGUGCACAUUUGACAAAUUAAGCGAUAAAAUUUGAAAGAACGGAAAUUCAUUUUUAGAGACAUUAUCAUUGUCGCCGUCCUCAUCGUUGUCUAAGCUCCCUCAUCUGACCUCACUGGCAUUCAAAGUAUUGGAAAGAAAACACCAUUAUUGUUAAUCAGGUGGUCUAGAUGGAAAAUUUAGCAGGUAAGCCGUAAAAAGCUGUAUAGAUUCAAAAUAUUUGAAGAGAAAAACGCAAUUAUUCCUAUUCGGGUGGACUAGGUGGAAAAUGUGGUAGGGAAACCUAAUGAAGCUGUGAAGCUUACAUUAUAGACAAGAAAACACGAAAUGAGUUUUAAUUUGGUGGUCUGGUGGGUUUGGUUUAGCUUUGGACCAGCUUUUCCAUUCUCAAAAUGGCCAAUUUAUGUUUGCGUACAGUGAUUAGGUAGCCAGGCGUUUUACAUCCUUUUGUCGUUUUCAUUUGUAGGAGUGUGUAUAGAGAGUUACUUUUCUUAUCGCUGACAGCUUGUGGAACCGAAAACAUUGACGUCGGUAAGGGUUUAAAAAAUCGACUUAUUUGUCCUGUUUCUAAAUGUCUUUUCUUUCUUCACUGAGUAGCACUACUCAGCAGUAAGAUUUGGCAGCGUCAAGUUAUAUUAAAGGGGAAAACGCCUCAUCCGGUUGACGUGUGUCACUGAAAAACACCUUUGCUUAAACUCCCUACAAUUUCACCUAAAGUACUGUCAAUACUCUGUUAUAACCUGUGAUCAGGCGAUUUUUUCCCCGUCCCCAAAAAAUCGCCUGAUCGCAGGUCAGCUAUGUUAGCACUCUGCAAUUAUUACCUGGUUUAGUUAUUAAGGUAAUUGCGUUGUUGGUUUGUUUUGUCUUAAGAUGCCUUCGACAAAGAGUACAGACGUGCGUAUAAGCGUAUCCUAGAGUCAAAGAACCACUCAGAUCUACUUUGCCCAGAGGAUAGAUACCCACCGGCCAGAGCCGUGUACUGCAGGCGCACAUUUGACUCUCCUACCCUCCAACCCAAGCUACCACAGUACCUCGUCAGCUCGUUCACGUGA